UUCAAAAUCGACUGUAGUUCGUAUUGCCAUCGCAGAUGUCGCACACACGUUAGUCAAUUUUAGCGAAGCUACCUAUAAUAUCGGCAGAAAUUAAAAGUGGACCUGUGACAGUUGACAGAUGACGCAAUUUAAAAAGUAAAUAUUGUCAUUGUGCAAGUCGCCAUUUUCUGCUUCGUUUGUUUGGUGUUCGCCUUAGGCUUUGUUUUAUGUGAUAUUAGUACUGUUUUGUGUUUUUUUUGUUGUGUAUUUUAUUUUCGAACUUUUUUAUUGAGGGAAUAUAAAUUAUAGUGUUAGGUACAUCUAAAUUGUGAGCAAAAUGUAGAAAAAUACUUAUGUUUUUGUUUACAGGAUUUUCAACUGGUUUUAGUAUUUAGGAUAAUUAUAGUUAGGAUUAUCAUUAGGACAGCUAAGAGGAAAUCAUGACGAGCCGUAAUCGUUGUGUUGUCCCUGGGUGCGAGAACAGGCAGAGACCUAUGUUCCGCUUCUCAAAUCCUAAAAAAGGAUUAGACAGGUGCCGGAAGUGGAAGCUUGCUGUAAACAACCCUAGCUUGGUGGAUCACUCAUAUUACCAUCUUUCCAGAACAUGCUAUGUGUGUCACAAGCAUUUUAAUGCACAUGAUUUUUAUGAGGGCACCACCAAACUUAAACCAAAUGCGGUACCAUCUGUUGACUUGUCAACAAAUGGGGAAGGUGGUAAGCGAACAUCACCUUUGGACACAGAGCCUACCACUCCCUCAAAGGUGUCGGUCAUCCCAGACUAUCUUACUCCGGAAAAAGAGGCAUCGUGUUUAUUGGAGCAGGCUGGGGUGUCUCCUAGGAAAAGAGUAACUCCAUCAAAAGGAGACAUUUCAGUAAAACGUGCCAAAAUUUCCAUGGAAAGUUUGGAGAUGGCAUCGGGAUCUGGAGUGGUAGGGGGAUGUUGGGCCAGGCUUUCUGGUUGA